AUGACGUCGAAUGCUCCGAAAUUUCGACUUCUCUAUCUACCCCGUUUGGCUUUAGAGAGCGUACUAAGCAAUUUCGAUCAUUUAGAACGAUUCGAGUUUUCAACUUGUUCGAAGCGUUGUAAGCGAGUCGUAGAAUCACUUAAACAUGGAUGCAUUGAGAUCGGUGUUCGAAUAAAUCAUCGCCUCACAUCCGUCACUGUGAUUAGUGGCAGUACGUUGAAGGCAUUUACUUGGUUUCAUCUUUUCAAGUCACCUCCAAGCGGUAAUCACCAGUUUGUAACAUUGAAUGGACGGACGAUUCGAAUGACAAAAAAUCCUAGACGCGUUUCUUUCUAUUGUCCAAGGGAAUUGACAGUCGACACCAAAGCUCUCGUCGAUCAUUUGGUUGAAACAUUCAGAGUUCCGAUUAAAAUAUUGGAAUUCGAGAUGGAUUAUUUCAAUGACUACCGCGAUUUUGUACAAUGUUUUCCAAAGUGCGACAAUUUGAGAAUUUCUGGAGUUUGGCCAAUUUCAGAAGAAGACAUUACCUAUCUCCAAGAACAUGUGGAGCACAAUCACUUUUACAAAAACGGCAAUCUUCAAUAA